AUGAACCUUCUCGUUAGACAUUCAGAAGACCCUAUGUAUAUUCCUGGGGAAGACAAAAUUAAUGAGUCAAUAAAAAAAGAAAAAAAACAAGGAAUUAAAAAAAUAUAUUCAUUUGGUGAUCAUAUACCUGAAGUAUAUGAAAGUAAUUCUCAGACAAUGAAAAAAACCUUAAAAUCAUUACAUCCUUCUAGAGCAACUAGUGGAGUUAAUUUUGUUACAAGAGAAGUUAAUGGUGAAGUUAAACGAGUGAGUGAAUUAACAAAUACAUUAUACAGAAGAUUAGCACCAAUAAAUGAAUUAAUUGAUACAGAAAAAUCAUACAUUGAAAACCUUGCAGAAUUAAUUAAUAAUUAUAUGAUUCCUUUACAAAAAAAUGGAUUAAUUACAGAAAAACAGUAUAAAACUAUCUUUUGGGAAGUUCUUCCAAUUUAUCAUAUUAAUUGCAUUUUUUUACAUCGAUUUGAACGGUACUAUGGUUCUAUUAAUGUUAUUGAACGUACAGAAGAAGAAGACAGAUUUGGAAGGUUUUGUCUUUGGUUUUCAUAUGUUUGUGAUUUUUUAAUGAUAUAUGAAAAUUAUAUCUAUAAUCUUCCUUUGGCUCAAAAAGUAAUUAAAGAAGAACGACUCAAAAAUAAAGCAUUUGAUAUGUUUCUUUAUAAUAAUAGACAAAAAUCAGAACGGCAUUAUGACAUUUCUUCAUUAAUGAUUGCACCACAACAAAGAAUACCUCGAUAUAAUUCACUUUUUCAGGAUAUGAUUAAAAGAACACCAUUAGUUAGUAAUAACUUAUUUAUUGUUCAACACAUAGUUGAUAAGAUCACUCGUAUGACAAAUAAAAUUAAUAGACUUAUUGGUGAACGAGAAGAUAUGAGUGCAUUAAGGGAAUUACUAAAUAAUGUAGAAGGACUAAAUGAUGCUGCUAUGGGAAAUUUUAUUAUUCAAGGGAGACUCCUUGAAAAAUCAUUUAACGUACAUUAUUGGAGCAAUACUAAAACAAUAGUAAAAAGAAUAUGUUAUUUAUUUAAUGAUUCUAUUCUCUUUGUACGUGAAAGAGGAAAAAAGAAAAUUUGUGAUGUUUUUCUUGAGUAUAGACAUUGUGAAUUACUUGAUGAAAUAAGUGUUCUUCGUGAAAUGAAUCAUAACAUAGAUAAUCUUAAUUAUAUCACACGAACAAAACUUAAUUGUAAAUCUAAAAUAGCUAUUAUUCUUCAUGGAAUUAUUAUUAAUGAACGUAUUAAAGAAGAUCGAGCAAUAGUAUUUUGGUUAAAUAAUCCAAAUGAAACAGCUAAAGUAAAAUACACAUUAGUUCAAACUAUUGAAAAAUAUCUCCCAUAA